AAUAUAAAACUAAGGAAUGGAAGUCUUAAAGUAACUAAAAAAUAUUGCUUCUUUGGGAAAUAAAUACAAUUUAACAUAAGAAUCCUAAAGAUCUUUACAAUAUAUAAAAAAAUAUAAAUAAAACUCCAUGGAUUUAAUAAUAAACGAAGAAAUAUUAUAAGGAUAAAGCGAUAGCCAAGAAGUUAAUCCGUUAAUAUUUACAAAAAAAUAAACUAAUCUUUUAAGGUAAAGCAAGUAAACGCCUUAAUGGAUGAUAGCAUUUGAAAACUAUUUAAAUAUAGUUUGCUAGAUGUAUUAUAAAAAAAUUUUAAUAUAAAAGAUCUACUAAUAAUUCCAGGAGAAAACAAAGAUUUUAAUCCUUAAAGCAUAUAAAAUGAAUAAUGUAACUUAGAGAAAAAAAAAGAGGACGAAAAAUAAAUAUAAAGCAAACAUUAAAUAGUUAAGGGACUAAAAAUAACAAUGAAAUA